UGCAGUAAUUGUUGUGUAGAGAGGGUGGAGCUAAAACCAGAAGUGAAAUCAAGAGCUUCCUCUUGUUUGCGAACUCCUUGCCUGGUUGUCUGCACGGCAAAUGAUGAUGGCAUGCGGAGUUGUACACGGAAUGUGGACGAGAAAUAUGCUUCUCUUGAUCGGCCUACUUGCUACUUGUUCACUAGGAGCUAACACAAGUACAUCAAUAUCUGCUACAGCAACCGCUUUGCAAUACUGCGAGCCGUACUCUUUCACAUGUUCGUCGCUAGUCGCUGCUAGAUUACCAGCAAGUCUUGUUGGUACGUGUACGGUGGCCUCUCUGACAGCGAAUGCUGCAAGCAAAGCUUCAGAGUCAACAGUUACAGACUUCCUAACUGAGAUGAUAGUGUCCAGCCCUAGUUUUGCGACUGCGACAAUGUCAACGACCUCGGCAAACAAACCUACCAACAGUCUAGUGUAUCCAAGCAGCCAGUUGAGUACACGUACUACUAUUGACUUUCUUGAUGUAACAUCGGAAAACAAAACUUUGACUACCGACUUCCUUGAAAUAAUAUUGAGCACUUAUUCUGUUGCUUCUACUCCUCGAGCGACACUCCUGCCCCCCAGAUAUCUCACAUUGGAGUUGAGGGUGUCAUUCGACCAAUUUCUUUAUUGUCAAUUUCUCUCUGAGUUCAACUGUGUGUACAAUCUAUUUGACCCUGAAGAUGUGUUAGUUAGGAACAUACCACAAACUAUGAAUGUGAGGAUCUAUUUGCAGAAUGUUGCCACAAAUGAUCAGUUCAUUGCAAACUUUCUCAUGGUUUGGAAUAAUGAAACCAGAAGACGAGAAGUCUUUAGUUGUUUCAUUCGAAAUCAGAUAAAUGGAUAUCAAUUACAAGAUGAACUUUCAUCAUCAGCAAGACAACUGACAGGCACUCAGUUAUAUACAGCUGUUGCCACUGCAUCAAUAGUCACUGCAUCACUACCUGCUCUAGCCAUACCCACUGUAUCAUAUUUCAGAACACCAACAUCCACUAUGUCAAUCUUGACUGUGUCAGUACCCACUCCACCAAUACCUACUCCAUCAGAAACCUCUUCCAUGUUUAUGCCGUCAACACCAACUAUACCCAAAGCUCGUCCAUCUAAGUAUCUAAAACUGGAGCUGAGAGUGCUGUCAAAUCAAUUUAAGGGAGAGCUUUUCCUGGAGCAGUUUCGAAAGUAUAUAACGUUUCAACCUGAUGAUGUAGUUAUAGAGCCAGUUCCUGACUCUGACAACGAGAUUAGAAUCUUCAUACCUGAUGACGCAGCUAAGAACAGUGAAUUUAUUGACAAUUUUCAACAAGUGUGGGAUAACGCUGCAACAAGAACAACAAUACUUGGUCCUGCUGUCACUGCUCAGAUUAUUGGGUAUGAAGUUGUGACUGAUGAGAGUUCGGUUGGUCUACCUGAUUGGGGUAUUGCUUUGAUUGUCGUAUUUCUCCUAGUUGCAUUUGCUGCUGCAUUCUUUUUCAUAUUUGUGUUCACUCGGUCAAACAAGAAAACAAGACGUAGGCAGAGCAAACGAGGUGGUGUUGCUCCAUCUGAUAGUUUUCAUAUGCAUCGUGUACCACGAAAAGAGAGCACCGAUACACAGAAUAUUAGACGAUUCACAUCUAGGCUGGACAGUGAUUCUCAUCUAACAGUCCGGACAAGACGUCUGGAUGUUGUAGGACUCGGUAAAGCUUUGGAAACAGAAGACCAGCUGAUAUCGGAGUAUCAGAGUAUUCCACCGAUGAUGGCGUCAGAGGAGGACAUUCCACGUGACUGCCAGAACAAGAACAGAUACAACAAUGUGUUACCAUCUCCACACACUCGAGUGCCGCUGUUCCUACGUUUUGGGCAACCAAAUUCAGACUAUAUCAAUGCAAAUUAUGUCAGGGGGUUUGAUAAUUCACAAAAGACAUACAUAGCAACACAAGGGCCAAUAGAAUCAACCAUUGACGAUUUCUGGCGCAUGAUUUGGGAACAGAAUUCCAGGGUCAUUCUAAUGGUGACUGGUUUACAAGAACGAGAUGUGCCAAAAUGUGCUAAAUAUUGGCCUGACGACAAACAGAAAACCCUUUUCUAUGGUGAACUUGAGGUCACAUUUGUCAGUUCUGAAGUCAAAGGCAACUUCACUAAAACAAUAUUUUCUCUGUCACAUAUGGAGAAAGAGGAAGAUCACCAAGUGAGUCACUACUGGUUCACGUCAUGGCCAGACUUUGGGGUGCCAGAAGACCCAUCAGAUCUGACAAGCUACAUUGAGACUGCCAAUGAGAGUAUAACAUCAAGCGUAGGACCUGUUAUUGUUCACUGCAGUGCUGGCAUUGGACGAACUGGAGUACUCAUUGCUGCUCAUAUUGGAAUGCAAGACCUAGAGGCUUCAAAGCAUUGUGAUGUCCUGCAGACAGUGUGGUUGAUGAGACAAGACCGUGGUGGGUCAGUGCAAACCAAAGAUCAGUACAUUUUCAUCUACAUGGUACUUUAUGCAUAUGCAACUUACCUGGAAAGCCUUGACAAACUAAAUCAAGAGGCAAAACAAGAGCCAAUUCUUGGUGCAACCACAAGUGGUUCAACCAAUAAGGAAGACCAUCGUCGACUUCUCUCUGCUAGUAGUGCUACUAGUAGUAAUGAAACAGACUACCCAAUUGACACAGCUGCACAAAUCAACGAAGGACUUGAAGAGCAGUUGCCAACAUCUGUUCCUGACAACAACAAGAGCAGAGGAUCAACCCCAGAUUCGGAAGGAAAACAAAACAGCAGCCAAGCUGCAAGGACAGACACGACCCAUGUAGAAAAGGCUGAUACAUCAGUCUGGUCAUAGCCUAAUAGCUGAGAAUACAUAGUUAUGCAAGUCCAGCACAUUAUCGUUAUCAUUUGCUGACUAGACUACGCAAUGUCAUGUCACCAUUGGAGAAUUACGUAUACAUGAACUUGAUCUAGUGGAACUUGUAGCUGGCAACUUUUCUGUGAAGACACCAUUGGUUUAUGAAGUCUUUAGUAUGGAUUGUGGAAAUAUAAAAUCAUAACAAAAGGGCCCUUUUAUUAAUUUUUCGUCCUUGUAAGAAUUUGAUAUUUGGUGUGUACUGGUUUGUGAGUGUGCAUGCUACGUAGUGCAGAGAGGAACAGUCUUACCCAGUACUAGCCACA